GGGGGAUAACCACUAGACAACAAAACUUGCAAAGAUGGCUGUUGGUAAGAACAAAAGAUUGUCCAAAGGUAAGAAGGGUUUGAAGAAGAAAGUCAUCGACCCAUUCCAAAGAAAGGAGUGGUUUGACAUCAAGGCCCCAUCCACUUUCGAGAACAGAAACGUUGGUAAGACUUUGGUCAACAAGUCCACCGGUUUGAAGAACGCUGCCGAUGCUUUGAAGGGCCGUGUUGUCGAGGUCUCUCUUGCUGACUUGCAAGGUUCUGAGGACUACUCCUUCAGAAACAUCAAGUUGAGAGUUGACGAGGUUCAAGGUAACAACUUGCUCACCAACUUCCACGGUAUGGACAUGACCUCUGACAAGCUCAGAUCCAUGGUUAGAAAGUGGCAAUCUUUGAUUGAGUGCAACGUCACUGCUAAGACCUCCGACGAUUACAUCGUCAGAGUCUUUGCUAUUGCAUUCACCAAGCGUCAAGCUAACCAAAUCAAGAAGACCACCUACGCUCAAUCUUCUCACAUCAGAGCCAUCAGAAAGCAAAUGACCGAGAUCAUCAACAGAGAGGUUCAGAACGCCACCUUGGCUCAACUCACCUCCAAGUUGAUCCCAGAGGUUAUUGGCCGUGAAAUUGAGAAGACUACAAAGAACAUCUUCCCAUUGCAAAACGUUCACAUCAGAAAGGUCAAGUUGUUGAAACAACCAAAAUUCGACUUGGGUGCUUUGUUGUCUCUCCACGGUGAGGCUUCUUCUGAGGAGAAGGGUAAGAAGGUUGCUUCUGGUUUCAAGGAUGAGAUCUUGGAGACUGUUUAAGGUUCCUCUUAAAUAAAAAAUGCUCACAUAUCUGUAAUUUCUCAA